AUGGACGCCUCUAUCGAGCGCGAAAUCGCCAAAACCUCCCCCUCCACCCCUUUCCGCGCCACCCCCAAUUACAUCCACAAAACCUGGGCCAAAACCUUCCAGUCCCGGCCCGAACUUUACAUCCGCCCGCAGUCCCUCGACGAGAUCCAGAAAGUCGUCACGCUCGCCCGCCGAUGCCGUCGCCGCAUCGUCGUCGUGGGAUGCGGGCACUCGCCGAGUGAUCUGACGUGUACAUCGUCUUGGAUGGUGAACCUGGACGAUUACAGUGGUGUGUUGAAAGUGGAUGCGCAGAAGAAGACCCUGACUGUCGCGGCGGGGAUACGGAUAUGGCAGCUCAAUGAAGAGGCGGCGAAGUAUGGGUUGACAGUGCCGAAUCUGGGGAGCAUUGACGCGCAGAGCAUUGUUGGCGCGAUCGCGACGGCGACGCAUGGGAGUUCGCUAAGACAUGGUAUUUUGUCGGAGAAUGUGCGGGCGCUGAGGAUUGUGCUUGCGAACGGGCAGGCGGUGAGGUGUUCGGCGGAGCAGAAUCCGGAUUUGUUUCGGGCGGCGUUGAUAUCGUUGGGUGCGUUGGGGAUUAUCACGGAGGUGGAGUUUCAGAUGGUGGAGUCGUGUAAUGUUGAGUGGGAGCAGAAGUUGGUUGGGCUGGAUGAGAUAUUGACGCGGUGGCAGACGGAUCUGUGGACGCAGAAGGAGUUUACGCGGGUCUGGUGGAUGCCGUACAUGAAGCGCGCGAUCAUUUGGUCGGCCGACAAGACGACUAAAGAGCGACGAGCGCCGGAAGAGACGUGGUAUGGCGGGUCGGUGGGGUUCCAUACCUACCACAACCUCCUCUGGCUGUCGAACUAUAUCCCUUGGAUCCUGCCGGCUGUAGAGUGGUUCGUCUUCGGCAUGCAAUACGGCUUCAGCACCGGCAACGCCACCACAGCCGUCGAAGAGAUCCGCGACGGCCUCCUGAUGAACUGCCUCUACUCGCAAUUCGUCAACGAGUGGGCCAUCCCGCUCAGCAAAGGACCCGAAGCCAUCUCCCGCCUCUCCGCCUGGAUCAACGGCGAAGCCGGCAGCGACAUCCCCUUCAGCUCCAAAGGCCUGUGGGUGCACUGUCCCAUCGAAGUCCGGGUGAGCGACAGCACCUACCGCGCCUCUCCCCGUCCGUUCCUCGACAACACCUGCGCUGAUGGUCCAACCUUAUACCUUAACGCCACGCUCUACCGCCCUUACCUUCAGGACCCGCCGUGCCGAGACCGGUACUACGAAGCUUUCGAGUAUCUCAUGCGUGAAUUGGGCGGGAAACCGCACUACGCGAAGAACUUCUCCUACACCAACGCCGAAUACCUCCAGCAGGCCUUUGGAUCGGAUCUGGAGAAAUGGAAGGGCAUCCGCAACGAAGCCGACCCGGAAGGCAUGUUCCUGGGCGAAUGGCACCAUCGCGCGCUCGGCCUAGGCGAAAGAUCCGAGUUCUCGCACCAAGAGCGCGAGGUCUCCCGCUCGAAAGCCCCGAACGGAGGACAAGUCUGGAUGGGCGAGAUCAGCUCCGCGCGGUCCCGGCCGACGGAGACGGAGGCAGAGUUAUUCGAGACCAAGGAGAGCAAAGCCGAGUCUCCGAGUGCGAGUUCGAGUGGCGAGAGUUUUGACAUGAUGCACGGCGCGGAGGCGGAGAAGAGUACGGUGUUUGAUGCGUUGGCGAAGGAGGGGGAGGAGGAGGGGUUUAGGUAUCAUCCGGGGGCGAAGGAGACGGUUACGGGGACGACGGUGUUCCAUAAGAUGUGA